GUGGUUUGGUUAUGGUUAUGCCUUAUGGUAGUACUAGUAAACUAGUAGCAAUUAUACAUAAAACACUGAACCAUAAUCUUCAAAUACAAAAACAAAAUUUAAUAAAAUACUCAGAAAGACACAAAGAUAAAAUAAAGGCACAUUCCUCAGGAAAACCAGUGACUUGGCAGAAUUUAAGUAAUUGGUUAAUAUGCAUGACUGAAUGCAUGACGCGUAAUGUAGGACAUAAUCAUCUUCUUUUUUGAAGUAACGUCUAUAUUAUAUAAGAUAAGAUAACUAGUAGUACUACAGUAGUACUACAGGCUACUACUAGUAAUACUAGUACUAUACUCUUUAGUAGUUUAAGAACUCUAAGUAGUCUAAGAAGUGGAGCCCAGCCAGGGCCAGGUUUAUUAUUAGUUUAUAAAUAUUAUUAAAAAUAUUAUUAUUAUUUAUAUUAUAUUAUAAAUACAUUCAUGAUGAUAGUUCUAUGACAUGAUACUGUAUUGUAUGGCUCCUCAUGUCUCAGAAGACAAUGGAUGCACCCAGGUGAAUCAAUGGCUUUGGUUUCGUCUUGAGACUGAGCAGACUCUGGUGUAACUGAUCAAGCUGAUUCGUGCAUGUAUAUGCAUCUGACUUAGGGCUAGUUGACAGGGCAGCUUUCUUCUUCUUUCUCUUGACUGCUGCAGCUUCGCUUCUUUUGCUCUCGGCGAAGUUCUUACCAGUUAUGGGCCAGCACGUACAGUCAUGUCUCCAUGUUGUCCGGUCUUGGGCUAUCUCAUCUCACAUACUUUGUUCGAUGCCAGUGGUUCUCAUGUCUAGCUUACAGACAUCUCUGUAGGUUAGUCACUAUAUAUGCUGAGCUUGCAGAGGGAGUCAGACCCAAGGGCCGCCCAUGACAUGAUAUAUAAUAUUUAAAUAUAUAUAUAUAUAAAUUUAUGAUUGAUAUUCAAAUUUCAAUGAUAUUCAGUAUACAAUAAUCUGAUAUUCAAGUAGCAUUAGGACUUAGGCUAGAACUGAGUAAUAGACUAUCCUUGUCUAUUAUCUAUAGAAUAUAGAUCUAGAUCUAGAUUCUAGAUCUUUAUGUCUAUGGGGAUUCUAGGCUUAGGGAAAGGCUUCAUGUUUGUACUUUAAUAGGACUAGGUCUAUAUUUUCUAUAUAGGUCUAGCCAUCUAUGAUCUAUUAUAGGUCUAUAAUACUAGAUUGACUAGAUUAAUAGUCUAUAUGGCUUGUUGUAUCAUUCAAUUAUGUCAUGUAAUUAAUUAAAUUUGUAAUAUAGACUUAUAUAAAUCUAGACCAACAAUAAUAAAUCUGUGCUAUUUAUAGAAAUAUUUUUACAUUUAAGAAAGAGGUAUCUGUUUUAAUGUUACCCUGAUUGCAUUUUAAAUGCAUUUUUGAAAAAUAAGCGGAAAGACCUGAAUUAAAAGUUGAGGACUUAAGCCUCCUGAAGCCAACACACUAACCAUUGUGCCAGCGAAUCACUUAUGAAAGAUUCCUCUAAAAAAAUUUCUAGCCAGUGAAUUCCAGUCAGUGAUGGAUAUUCAGAAAAAAACAAACAUUGGUGCAUAUGACACUAAUUUCAUAGUGGUCUCCCCUGUUUCUAUACACAUACAUGAACAAAUAAAUGCACACCUUGAUUCACUUGAUCUAGAUUUCUCGCACUCUCUCUUUCCAUCUCUGUCUCUUUCUCUGGAACCCCCUAUUUGUUUUUUUUUUACCCUGCGCAGUCUUUCCUAUGUUAUCUGACAUAGAUUUUCGGGCUUAAAUUGGAAGGACAUAAUGCUUCCCCAUACACACAUAUGCACAUACUUUUUAGCUGUAAAUUCUAGUACCACUUUAACUGUUUUUCGUCCAAUACUAGAAAGUUACUCCUAUCUAGAAUCUCAAUUUUUCAACAUUAAUGUAAUAUUGAAAUAUUUAAUAUACUUUGUUGCUUUUCGACUGAAAGCCCCUACUCACCCCCACUCUCAUACUUUUUGGCCCUUUAUUAAUACAAUUAUGCCUAGUUUUUGUAACCAUCCUCCCAUGGAUCGACCCCAAGACCACACACUUUUCAUCUCUUGAAUUCUAGAUAUAGCAUCUUCAAUUAGUUUUACCCUUUUUUUUUUUUUGCAUUCUACAAUCAUAAGACAAGUAAUGUACGAUAAUAGACAUGCAUACAUAAUUUAGACCAUCACUUUCAGACCUAGAGGAAACAAUGCAUUCACCAAAGUCCUUAAUUGAAUGCCCACUCCCCUAUUUGUUUGGCAAAUAAUUUGUAAAAUUAAUAGUAAUAGUUUAUUUGACCCCCUUUUGAAUGUCCCCUGCUUCCAUACUACAUUCAAUAUAGCAUGUGAAUUAUAGAACACAUGAAUAUAUAAAAUAACAACUUCCAUUCCCAAAAUCACAUUCACAACAGGCCUGUGAAUAAUCUCUCAUAUUCAUUCUGACAAUUCUGUGAGUUCUCAAUUCUAGAUCUGUGUCUCGAAGAAAAGACAGUGCUUGUAUUAUCUACACACACACACAUGCAGGAAAUCAUAAUAGCCUUUGCUGUCUCAAGAAAAAAAAAAAAAGAAACAGAUCAAUCUUUUUUAUUAUAAGUAUUAGUCUAUACUUCACUUUGACCGAAUCUAAAAGGAAAAUAGAAUAAGGCUUUAAAAAUUUAUAAAUUGACUUUUAAGGAAAAAGAAAGAAAAUAUAUAUUUAUGCUUUUUAUAUUAAAUAUGUGGAAAUACUGAAAAUAAAAUACAAAGGUUUAAUAGAAAGCUUGCAGUUUUUCACAAAUUGCAGUGUUCAGGCUGAGCGAGCACCUAAAUGGUGAAAGGAACCUGUGUACAAAAUUUCAUGCAAAUCCCUUUGCUAGUUUAAGAGAUCUCUUGAUCAUUCAGUCUGUCAAUAUCAAUUAUCCAAACCUCAAUAUAAGAGUCUUGCUUGGAUUAUGAGUGUAAGGUACAUUGCCUUUUGUCAUGAUGGUGGUCCUCUGCUGAUUGAACCCUGAACAACUGGAUUUUCUUGGCAUCAUUCUGGAACUAGAAUAUACAAAUGUAGAUCUAUAUAUGACAUUUAUAGAAAAUCUUUAUUCCUGAACAGCAAAAUGCAUGAACAAAAACUGACCAUUCCGCUUAAAAGUUCACAUUAAUUUCAAGUAGUUAACUAGAACAGUCCGAACUGUCAAGUCUAGAAGUUGAUUGAAUGGUAUGAAGAAUGUCCAACUCUGCUUAUGGCUGGUGCAGAGAAGGCUCUGAAGUUUGGAAUGAAAGCCUACUUCUAAAUAGUUCCUAUCCCCAGUUUACAGAAUGUUUCAAAGAUACAGUUUUAGUGUGGGUACCAUGUGGAGUACUUUGGUCAGCCACACCCCUUUAUCUUUACUAUUUGAGUGCAAAAAAGAAACAGACUAUUCCAUUGAACUGUUUCAAUGUUAUGAAAACAAUAUGGGCACUUCUUUUGAUGGUUCUAUCAGUGGUCAGUCUGAUUCAUGACAACUCUCUUACUGGAGAAGUUCCUGUUGCUAAAUAUGUAGCAGGCGGUGUCAAAAUUGCAACAUUUCUCCUGGUUGCACUUUUAUUACAAGCUGAACGUCAUUAUGGAUUCAUAACCUCAGGUGUUCUCUUCAUCACAUUCACACUCCUUUUUAUUGCAGGUGUCAUUCCAUUUUAUUCAAAUAUUAUUGAAGAGACUUACAACUCAGAUCUUUUUGACUUUGUGCUCUACUGCAUUUACUUUGGGUUCUUACUGAUAGAAUAUUUCUUGCUCUUCUGGGCAGACAAAAAGUCAGAGGAAGACUAUAAUCAGAUAUUUGAGAAGGAAGAAUGUCCAGAAACAAAAGCUUCAUUUCCAAGUCAAAUUGUCUUCUUUUGGAUCAGCAAAUUAUUGGUGCGUGGCUAUCGCAAAGACCUUGAGGAGAAGGAUGUCUUCAGAUUAAACCCAAGAGACCAAUCCAACAAUGUUGUUCCAGAUUUUGAAUCUCAAUGGGAAAGGGAAAAACAAAAAGCUAAAAUCAGGAACAGACUUAAAAGAAAAGAGUACAAAGUCAAAACAUCAAGUUUUGAAAAUCCAAGUACAUCUGCAUCAGAGACGUCUGCACUACUGCAAAAUGAAACAGUGCAAUUUUCUGAAAGCCAAAAUGUUAAUGCCAAGAAAAUAGAAGCCUCGCUGCUUAAAACUUUAGUGAAAGUAUUUGGAGGACCUUUACUGAUAAGCCAGAUAUUUAAACUUUUAGCAGAUCUCCUGACAUUUGUAACACCAAUGUUGAUUGAGCAGUUCAUCUCCUUCACUCAACACCGUAGAACAGAGAGGGAAUGGAAGGGCUAUGUACUGGCUUGUUCCUUCUUUGUAGUGGCCAUGUUAAAGACAUGUCUCUAUCAAUAUCAUUUCCAUCUCAGCAUGACUCUUGGAAUAAGGAUAAAAAGUGCAGUCACUGCUGCUGUCUACAAAAAGGCACUUACUAUAAGUAAUGAGGCAAGAAAAGAAUCAACUGUUGGUGAAAUAGUGAACUUAAUGUCAGUAGACUGUCAGAGAUUACAAGAUGUUACUGGCUACCUUUACGUGGUGUGGUCAAUGCCCUUGAUGAUUGUCUUAGCCUUGUACAUGUUAUGGGGAACUCUGGGGCCCUCUUCAAUGGCAGGCCUGGGAGUUCUACUCUUUCUAAUGCCUAUCAAUAUCUGGACAGCCAGUAAGCAAAGAACUUACCAGAUGCAACAGAUGAAAACAAAAGACAGGAGAAUCAAGAUUAUGAAUGAAGUACUCAAUGGAAUCAAGGUUUUGAAGUUGUAUGGCUGGGAGGACUCAUUUCAAGCAAAAAUUACCUCCAUCAGAGAAGAGGAGUUGACAACAUUGAGAAAGACUGCAUACUUGGUAGCAGUCACCAUGUUUAUUUGGACAUGUGCCCCUUAUGUAGUACAGUUGGUCUCAUUUGGAACAUACAUUGCUGUCUCUGAAAGUGGUUAUUUAGAUCCUAGUACAGCAUUUGUCUCAAUCUCUCUAUUUGGCAUCCUGAGGCAGCCCAUGGCUAUGUUACCCAUGAUCAUUCCAUUUCUUAUUCAGGCAGGUGUAUCUAUUAGCAGAGUUUCUAAAUUUUUAUGCAGUGAAGAUCUAGAUUCUGUUGUUGAUCGUGAUCCAAAUUGUGAUGCAGCUUUACAAAUAGAAAAUGGAACAUUUACCUGGGAUUCUAGCCUACACCAGCCAACACUGAGAAGGAUCAAUGUGAAUAUAGCUUCAGGAAGUCUGGUGGCUAUUGUAGGUACAGUUGGGUCUGGAAAAUCAUCUCUACUGUCAGCCAUGUUGGGUGAAAUGAAAAAGCUCAAAGGGAAAGUUACUAUUAAAGAUAGAAUAGCCUAUGUCUCCCAGGAAGCUUGGAUACAAAAUGCCACCUUGAGAGAUAACAUUCUUUUUGGAAGUCCAUACAACAGCAGUGAAUAUGAGAAAGUUAUAGACGCCUGUGCUUUGAGACCUGACCUUGAGAUAUUUCCUGCCAGAGAUAAAACUGAGAUUGGGGAAAAAGGCAUCAACUUAUCAGGUGGUCAGAAACAGAGAGUCUCCCUGGCCAGAGCUGUGUACAGCCAAGCAGACACGUACUUGUUAGAUGAUCCUCUCAGUGCUGUAGAUGCUCAUGUUGGGAAACAUAUUUUUAAAGCUGUGAUAAGCCACAGGGGAAUACUCAAAGAUAAGACUCGAGUACUUGUGACCCAUGGCAUACAUUGGCUGCCUUUUGUUGACCAUAUAAUUGUUGUUGAUAAUGGCCAGAUCUCAGAGGAAGGUUCUUACGAUGCACUCUUAUCUCAUGAAGGUGCUUUUGCUAAAUUCUUAAAAGAAUAUUUCCAACAGGAAUCUGAAUCUGAGGUAGAUGAAGCCCAUCUGGAGGAUCCUGAAAUCCAUCAGUUAAAAAACAAGAUAUUAGAAAGAUUAGAAAGUGUCACAUCUGAUGCUACCUCAGAGGAAGACACAAAAAGGCAUUCUGAGAAAAUAGAAAGUGUUAGGCGGAGAGCUCUGUCUUACCAAAGUAUAUCAUCAACACAAAUAGUUGGAAAGAAAACUGAACAGAAACUGACUGGACAACAAUUAAUAGAGGAAGAAAAGGCUGAAAUAGGCAAUGUCAAGUAUAAUGUGUACCUGGUGUACAUCAAGGCUGUUGGAUUAUUUACAUUCAUCUUCAUGACCUUGAUCUUCACAAUAUUUCAAGGCUCGAGCACCUUCUCUGCCAUUUGGCUCAGCAUGUGGACUGAUGACAAAUUGUUGGCUAAUGUCUCAGCUGCUGGAAGCUCUGAAUAUGUGGCUAAAAAUAAUUUGUACCUGGGAAUUUAUGGAGCACUUGGAUUUGCACAAGCCCUACUUCUAUUAACCUUUGCCAUACUGGCCACAACAAAGAUGGUGAUGGCUGCCGGAAGACUCCAUUUAAAUCUGCUUGAUAACAUUCUGAAAGCACCCAUGUCAUUUUUUGACACGACUCCAAUAGGUCGAAUUGUGAACAGGUUUUCCAAAGAUGUUGAAACUGUGGACAACACUUUGCCAAAUACUAUCAGAACUUGGUACAUGUGUGUCUUCGCUGUUUUAGGAACAAUAGCAACCAUCUCUUACAGCACACCAUUGUUUCUGGUGGUCAUUGUCCCUUUGGGAAUUUUGUAUUGGCUCAUACAAAGAUUCUACAUCCCUACAUCCCGUCAACUCAAGAGAAUUGAGUCCACUACCAGGUCACCCAUCUACGUUCACUUCUCAGAGACUGUCAGUGGUGCUGCCACCAUCAGGGCUUAUGGUGUCACUGAGAGAUUCAUUGAAGACUCUAAAGCCAGAGUGGAUCACAAUUUGUCCUUCUAUUUUGCUAGUUUAGUUUCCAAUCGUUGGCUUGGUCUCUACCUUGAAUGUAUUGGCAAUUUAAUCAUUCUAGCAGCAGCUAUCUUUGUUUUAUUGACUGAAGACCUGCCUGCUGGGCUAGUUGGCUUAUCUGUUUCAUAUGCAACUGAGAUAACAAGUGCCUUGAACUAUGUUGUGAGAACUUUAAGUGAUCUUGAAACAAACAUUGUGUCUGUGGAGAGGAUUAAAGAAUAUUGUGAAACAGAAAAUGAGAAAGCAAGGAUUAUUCCAUUCAAUCGACCGCACCCCAGUUGGCCUCAAGAGGGGAAAAUUAAAUUCAUUGACUACAAAGCUCGGUAUCGUCCAGGUCUUGAGCUGGUUCUUAGAGGUGUCACAUGCGAUAUCAAAGCUGGAGAGAAGAUUGGUAUUGUGGGAAGGACAGGAGCUGGGAAAUCUUCUUUGACUAUUGCUUUGUUUCGUCUGAUUGAGGCAGACAGUGGAAGUAUUACCAUAGAUGGCAUAAGGAUAUCAGCUAUUGGUCUUUUUGACCUUAGGUCUAAGCUGACAAUAUUACCUCAGGAUCCUGUUAUAUUUUCUGGGACACUGCGCAUGAAUCUUGAUCCAUUUAAUGAGCAUUCAGACGAUCUGCUUUGGUCAGCCCUAGAACAUGCGCACUUGAAAGCUUAUGUGGAUACUCUACCUCAAAAGCUAAAUUACGAGUGUGGAGAAGGAGGCUUGAACCUAAGUGUUGGCCAGCGUCAGCUUAUAUGCCUGGCUCGAGCUCUCAUUAGGAAGACUAAAGUCCUGGUCCUGGAUGAAGCCACUGCAGCUGUUGAUAUGGCCACAGAUGAGCUCAUUAAAAAAACUAUUCACUCAGAGUUCAAGGAUUGCACUGUUCUCGCCAUUGCUCACAGACUCAACACAAUCAUGGAUUAUGAUAAGAUUCUAGUGAUGGACAAAGGUCAGGUGAAAGAAUUUGACUCCCCACAAACUUUGUUGGCUGAUAAAAACUCAGUAUUUUAUAACAUGGCCAAAGAUGCUGGAAUAGUUUAAUAUUUCAAAAUUAAUUGUCGAAUAGUUCCACAUUGUUUUAUCUAUACAAUUAUAUUAGCUUCACAGAACCUAGUAACUUUUUCACUUACCAGUAUAUCACAUUAUGUUGUGAUGAGUGUAAACAUUUAACCAUUUAACAUUUUUCUCUUCAUAUUAGCCAUGGAACAAAAUAUAUUUAAGUUAACUUAUGUAAAAACUCUGGUUUUGAUUGUCUUUCUUAUUUCAAGUAAUCAUGUAGUUAAGAGUUGUUCACAUUUAUUUUUAUGAAAUAUUGCUAAAUUAUUUUGUUGUCAUUUCAUUUUAUUUUACAAAUGUAUAUAAAUAAAUUCCAUCAUGCCAGUAAUGCAGUAAUCCUAUACUCCAA